CCGAUCGGCUAUCAGAUAGCUUUGUGCUUCAUUCAUCUUCUUCGUUCAACAAUAACAACUGCAACAACACUAACGUCAUUUAAAUUAAUUAAUAAUUUAAUCCGGUAGAUUUGAUAUAGUGUGCUACGGAUUACCGGGGCCGAGAAAAAUAUCCGCGCCAAUGCCGGAGACCGGUGAGGAAGCAACGCCGCUUCAUGCGAUAUCUGGCCGAAUCAAGCGAAAUACGGCUUGCACCAGCUGCCGAGACGCGAAGGUUCGCUGUAACCCCAGCCAAAAUCCAGCCCAACCGUGUCAACGCUGCGCCAAGCUUCACUUGACGUGUAUCGUGGACAAGACUCACAAAAGGGUGAGCCGAAAAAGUAAGUUAGAUGAACUAGUUCAGGAAAUUCAAUCUAUCAAGCAAAGUGUUAGUGGACAACCUACUACCUUGCCAAGUCAAACGUCGGGGUUCUCCCCGCGGAACGAGGUUCUCACGCCCCUUAAAGAGCCUAUCCCACCACGCUUAGGGGUGCCGUCGCCAGUAAGCGUCUCUGCGGAUGUAGAAGGGGGAGCUCCUACUAUUGUAACCACAGCAAAUAGCACUACAAUCGCUCCCUCCUCUGUAGUACAUACUCCCGCGAGUAUACCACUCAUUCAAGGCCCACCGGCUGAGCCAGCGCUUGCUAGAGCGCUUGGAUCACAGCCAUUUUCGGGCGAAGAUGUCGACUAUUACUUUCAGAAAUACUUUGAACAUUAUCAUCCUUAUAUGCCAGUCGUACGAUUUAGGGAUCCAAAUAAGUGCUACGAUACUAGCCACCUGUUGUUUUGGACCAUAAUAUACAUAGCAACACGGCGCUACGCCAAGACCUCGACCGUAUUCCCAUUUUUGCUAGAUUCUGUCCAGCGCGAUGCCUACGCAGCUAUUGCUAAUCCACCCCUCCCUUUGCCUUCCAUAAACGCCCUCAUCUUACUUUGCACCUGGAUCUUCCCGGAAGUACGGUUUGUGAACGACCCGUGCGCACUAUUCUCGAGCAUCUGUAUGACUGCGACCUCCCAGCUGGGGGUUCAUUGCGGGAAAGGAGCCCACCCGGAAUAUAGCCAUGGUGUCUUCCAGAAUAACUUCACAGAUGAAGAGGCUUCGUUUACUUGGGCCGGAUACAAUAUUGUUGCUCAAAGAGUCUCUUCCUUCCUAGGGCUUCCGCCUUUAGGUUGUCUAUUCAAUCAGACUAUUCAGAAUGUCAUUGACGGCAGGACACCUUUCCAAGUCCCGUCCAACUUCCGCAUCCUCCUCGAAUGCCAGAAAUUCUGUAACCAUGUGAGUAAGACUAUGGCGGCUAGCCUAGAAGAUGCGCGAGGCGUUUCGGCAAAGCUAGUCCAGCUCCUGGAAGACGAGUGGAACGCAGUUAGGGGGCUUAUCUGCUCCGAACGUGCAGGCGACCUCGAUCGAUUCAACGCGUUAUUGGUCCAGCUGGAAAUCCAGACAUAUUAUAUGAUGCCCCUUCCGGGUUACAACCCAGACGCAUUGAAGCGCAACAUCCUGCGGACGUAUAAUACAGCACAAGUGGUGAUCCGCGAAUCGCUCGAGCUAGACAAUAAGAUGCAGUUCUUGCGACACAUACCACACUUCCACCUGCGCGCCCUCAUGUCCGCGGGAUGCAUCGUGUACCGAGUGCUGCGCUCUUCCUACAUGUCCUUCAUCGACCGCAAGGCCGCGGAGCAGUCGGCGGCCGACAUAAUCACCGCGGCCAGGCGCGCCACCGUCAUGGAGUCCGACCUCCCUAUGCGUCUUGGCAACCUCUUCGAGUCCUGGUCUGACUGGCUGUUGGCACGCAGCGACCCUGCCGGAGCUCCGCCGCAGCAGCAAUCGCAACAACAAGCGCAGUGGGGCGAGGAGCCCGUGGUAGCCUUCUCGCAUCGCCUCAGCGCCAGCGUAACCUUUGACUGCAUAACGCGCUGGAAGAACGACCAGCGCCAUAACAAUCUCCGCUGCAAGUGCCAGCCCUCCGGCACCGCUGCCGCUGCCACCACCGCCGCCGCCGGCGCUUCUGGUGCCACCCUGGUACCGGGUACUACCAACGGAGCGAACGGCUGUGAAACACCGGCGAUCAUGCCGGGAGGUGCCGAUGCCCUGCAGAAUAUAGACUGGACGUUUAUGGACGACUUCGACUGGACUUUCGAGCCUGUGAUGCCGGUGUUAACGGCGCCGACAUGAGGGGCUCGAGGGUUCAAGCGAGGGAUUUCAAAACUCGGAAGAAAUGAUGAGACAAAGAAAAAAAGAAAGAAAGAAAGAGCAUAUAAGAUGAGUUUACGGAUACAUUGGACUGGCGUUUAUGCGGUGCGAAACAUUGAAACCGUAUACGAGCUCCUAUAUAUAAGGUACUUAACCUAUAUACAGAGGGCGAGCAUUGACCUACGAACCUUAGCAUAUCGAUCGAAACGGAGAUUGAGCAUAGGCGUUAGAAUGGAGGGCAAAGGGAUUAUACCAAUUAGAAUGGUAGGUCAUUUACCUCAUAUAUAUCAUGUCGCAUAACCCUUUUUCCGUGGGCAUAUUAGGAAUUAGAUCAAC